CACUGGAACAACUCCAGAGGGUUGAAGAAUUGGUCGACCCUGUGGUUGUUAAGCAUUGUAGAGUAACCGAGAACCUAAAAGAGAAGAGGGUGAGUUUGGGACAAGGGAGAUGUUCCAGAGAUAGAUAUACACUGUAGUCUGUACUCUGUAGUAGUUUGUAGUAGUAGUAGUAGUAGUAGUAGGAGAAGAAGAAGGGUGGAAAAAAAGGGUGUCUAUAGUUUUGAAAAGUUGGAAAGAGUGGUUGGAAAAAAAGGGUAUAUAGUAAGUGAGUGAGAAGGAGAAAGAAAAAAGAGAAAGAAAGAUGGUGGGCUCAGGAUCAGGAGCAUCAGAUAGGAGCAAAGAAGCUGUUGGGAUGAUGGCCCUUCAUGAGGCCCUCAGAACCGUCUGUCUUAACUCAGACUGGACUUAUUCUGUCUUCUGGACCAUUCGUCCUCGCCCAAGAGUUAGAGGCGGUAAUGGCUGCAAGGUUGGAGAUGACAACGGCAGCUUGUGAGUGUUCCAUGAUGUUGAUGUGGGAAGAUGGGUUUUGCCGAGGAAGGGGUCUGGAUGAUAUUGAUGGAGAGGAUCCUGUCAGAAAAGUUUUCAGCAAAAUGUCCAUUCAGUUGUAUAAUUAUGGAGAAGGGUUGAUGGGGAAAGUUGCAUCUGAUAAGUGUCACAAGUGGGUCUUUAAAGAGCCCACAGAAUGUGAGCCUAAUAUCUCCAACUACUGGCAGAGCUCCUUUGAUGCUCUUCCUCCUGAAUGGACAGACCAGUUUGAGUCAGGCAUUCAGACCAUAGCUGUAAUUCAAGCCGGACAUGGCCUUCUCCAACUUGGUUCUUGCAAGAUUAUUCCUGAAGACCUCCAUUUCGUCCUAAGAAUGAGACACACUUUUGAAUCUCUAGGUUACCAAUCUGGUUUCUACCUCUCUCAACUCUUCUCUUCAACAAGGAACUCUUCUUCUUCAACUUCAAUACCUUCGAAACUAUCCACCAUUCCGAUUCGGCCACCUCCUCCACUCUUCAACUGGGGUCAGAGGCCACUCAAUCCUGCUACUUCUCUGCUAUCGUCGCCCAAUUUUCAGCAACACGCAGCGAGGCUCAGGUUUCCACAGGCCAAAGAUGAGACACACUUGUUUCUCAUGCCUCACGCAUCAUCUGAAACUGCGCGAAUUGAAGACAUGAUGGGGGAGCACGAAAAUGACAUAAAAUGGCCUAAUGGCUUGUCUUUCUUCAAUGCUCUCACUGGAAGAACCGAUGAUGCUAAGCUUUUGUUCAAUCCAGAGAGCUUGGGGAGCAAACUUGGUGACCAGAAUCACAAUCACCACCAUUCUCUUGAUCAGCAUCCCAAUUCCUCCAACAUGAUGCAAAAUUCUGGUGAAGCCAACCCUAACGACUUCUUGAGCUUGGAUAGCCACUCAGAAGGUGCAAGAAAGAUGGAUAAGUUUAAGAGGAGCUUCACUUUGCCUGCAAGAGUGGCUUCAUCAUCUUCAUCCACUUCAAUGGAGCACCAUCACCAUCAUCAACAGCAAGGUGUGGAGUAUAGGAAUUCAGAAGGAGGAAUGUACCCGGAUGUCAUGGAGACCUUUUUGGAGUGAAUGAAGGGAGGUUAGAAAAGGUGAGUUCUAAUACGGGAAAAAAAAUGAAUGAUGAGAAUUUGUAUCUAGGAAAAGUUAUUUGUGUUCCUUUUCAUGUGUUUGCUUUUCACUUUGUAUCUUGUGUUUCUUUGUCUUCUACUUAAUGAGACUUAAUUGAUGAUCA